CACAAUAGAGCACAACCAGCGACAUAUGGAAGAUUAUAUUAAGACACUAAUUUCCCAUGGUUAUGAGCAGAAUAAGAACUUCUUCAAAUGUCGAUUCAUAAAAAAUCGGAGGGGCGAUGAGUGCGACUUUGUCGGCACACUUUCCGACACUCACAUCCAUUUUUCGACACACACGAAAGUGUACUUGUUCGAAUGUGAAGGAUGCACAAAGCGAGUGGUCGACUUCAUGGAACUAGUAGAGCACAGAGCUCCAUCCACUGGCAUAGUAUGUCGAGGAACUGUGGAGAAUAUGCGACAACUCCGACAAGAUCGUAUGAAGACGAUAGAAGCCCACCGCUGCCGAAACAUUUUCAUUGUAGGCGCGACGCGAGACGAGUUUGACGAGUAUCUGAAAUAUAAGAAAGCUAACGAAAAGCAUCAGUCGUACGGAACACCAUUAUACGGUGAAGAGGAGCAGCAAACUCGACAUCAGCCGCAACAUCGGAGAGCUUCAACACCGCUUGUACGGACAACUCCGACUCCACCAUCAACACUAGCUCCUAGAGAUCUCCGGGCACUGCCGUUGGACUUUCCGAUUCCAGCCAAUUUCAGUCAGCCACCACCAGUUAUUCCGCCUGGAUACUUUUUUAAUGCUCCGACUGGAUCACAAGAACAUCAUCAGCAUUAUGCUCCACAACCACAGGAAAAUGCACGCCCCAUCACUCCUCACGGCUACCCGAUGCCACAGAACCACCAUCAAAAUGGAGGAGGAUGGAAUCCUUGUGCGAAUCCACCAUCAGCAAGGAAUGCACCCGCUACUGUGAAAGAUAAUAGAUCUUCGUCGAGACCUCGCAGAGAUCGCUCCCAGCCCAGAAGCUAUCAACCACCAGUGGAUCCAGUUCAAGAUCGUUCAAGAAAUGGCCGAGCAACACCAAUGGGAACUCGUGGUGCUCCAUCGCCAGCUUCAAGUCAAAACGGAAAUCUAUUCCGCAAUGGCACCGGAUCCCAGCACAGAGGUUCUCCAACUGAUUUCAAGUCAAAAGCUCCAGCAAAACCUCCAGCUCAAAAUGGAAACGCAUCCCACAACGAGCAUCGCUCCCGGUCCAGAAGUCGUGCAACUGUGCCAAGGAGUGCACAAUACCGUUCAGAACAUCAAACAGAGCACGCUCGAACAGGAUCUUCAUCCCAUCACGAGUCUCGGUCCAGAGCUGCAGCAGCGGCGCCAGUCGGUGCUAGCUCUCAAUCAAAGCCUCCUGCCCCGUCUCCAACCUCCAGAGAAACUGAUUCUAUCCCGGAAGCUCCAGCUGAGCCAAUUCGCAACAUAUCGCCACCACAGCCUAGAUGGACUCGCUCGCAAUCCAGAGGUCGUUCGGAAGCGACGCGUCGUUCUCCGCCAAAGGGUCCAAGCGCACCACCGGCCUACACUCUUCCAUUCGGUGGUUCAACUCCCAAUCACGAGCCGAUGGAUUUGGAAGAUCCAGUUCCACCACCACGUCCAGAUCGUCCUCGUGCAUCAACACCGCUGAAUACGCCGGUCUCUCAAAUUACACGCGAUGAAGUAGCCACGGGAGUCUUUCAUAUUCGUCCACAACCCGUCCAGGAUGCAGUCCGAAUGGCCCGAACUACUAUUGGCUAUGCCGGCACUCGGAAUAGGAGUCCUCUGCGAGAAGCCGAUGCAGAACAGAUUGCACAGGUGGAAGCCAUAAAAAACCGAUUCGCAGUGCAAAGCAGAGGAACCGCAAAAGCGAGAUCAAAUUCCAACCGCGGUGCUGCACUUCUAAUCGAAACGCCGGAGGAGAGACAAAAGAAGAAGGACGAUGCGUCGUUGGAAAUAAUGAGGAAAAUUAAAGAAAAGGGACGACGCCUGGAACAAGAGAAGAUGGGCGAUUCAAUUGCUCCGAAUGCUGCUGGAACUCCACCACCAACACCACCGUCGGUUGCCGCCAUGCUGGAACCGAAGGAAGAGCUUGAUGAAGACGAACCGUCGACCUCCACAAAUGUUCCUGUUCUCAGAAGGGUGAACUCUCCUCCAGCUCAAUCGACAAGCUACGCGAGACGCAAUGAUGGAAAGCGUCACCCAUCAAAAUCGCGAAGCUCCAGAGACGACCGAGACCAUAGACGUGACCGGGACUAUGACAGACGCCGUGGAGAUGACCGCCGACGGGAUAACCACAGCCACCCGUAUAGGAGACAUUAAUCGAGAAUGACUCGAUUUUUUAAAAGAAGGGAACAAAAUUUUUGGUUUUUCCUUCAAACUAUUUAUGUAUAUAAUAAUAUAAUUUUCCCCCACAAUGCGAUUUUUAAUUUUUAUGACGGAUCUCUCUUUAUGUUCACAUUCAUUUUUUUGUGCCUUUUUCUUGUCUUCCACUGUUCUUUUUGUUUUUAUAAAAGAGAUUACCUGUUUAA